CUUGUCCAAAUAUCUGUGGCGUUUGCUUAGCUGUAUCCAUUAAAAUGGCACCACUCAAUAUUGGCAUUCUUGUCUAUGACUAUCAAGCCAUCGACAUCAUCGGUCCCACCGAUUUGCUGAACUCGUCAAGCAAAGCUUUGGCCGAAAGACUACGCACCUUUAUCCCAGUCGACGAUGAAGUAAUUGAACAAGCUCCAGAUUUCAUUUUCCACCAUAUUGGGCUGACCCGUGAGCCUAUUCGACUUUUGACCAGCGCCCUCACCAUAGUCCCAAGCACGACUGUUAAUGAAUGCCCCGAACUUGAUUUUCUCCUUGUUGGCGGACCUGCACCUGUCAGAUUUCAACUCGCAGAAGAAUACGCAGAUUUCAUCCGUCGUCAUGUUGCCUCGGGCAAACUCACUUUUUCUACCUGCACCGGUGCAGCAGUUUUAGCAGCCGCCGGCGUGCUCGAUGGCAAAUCAGCAACUAUCAACAAUAUCGAAUAUGAUUGGGUCAAAAAGAGAUAUCCACUAGUUAAAUGGACGAAAGAACGAAAAUGGAUUAUAGAUGGAAACAUUUGGACCGCAGGCGGAGCAGUCGCUGGGAUGGAUAUGUUUUCUCACUGGUUGAAGGAGAAUUAUGGCCUAAGUGUGCUCACAAACGGUGCCUUAGGUCUAGACUAUGAGCCCCGUGAUUAUGAUGGCCUGUUUACUGUUCUACCGAAAAGAUAUGACGAUGAAGGCGAGCAAAUUUGUACACAUCACGUCCCACUGUAUACCUAACUGGUAACUGGCGCUAGAAACCUUGAAUUCAGGAAAGAAUAUUCAAGAUUAAGUCUUCCUAUAGCGGGGGACCCCUUCGGGGAGAGCUAUAGAGCAAUCAACGCUCGAACACAGUAUCUAGUCUCCGAUGAAGGGCCAUAUUAAUGUUCCUGAAUGCCUGGGCAUAUCGAGAACCGUGAAGUGGUUGUCGCGCCUGUGUCUAACCUUUUUCUACAGCGAACCACAAUCUUCCUCAUUUCAUCGAUGGACCCAUCUGGAUGGGCUUCAUC